CAUGAAAAAUCGAAUCCGCCAUCUUGAACAAAUUUUUAGAGUUUUAUUUUACUAAAAGGAAAACUGAGAUACAUUAACAACUUUAAUGUUUUGGAACGUUUGAAAGGGUUUAUUUAUAACGGUUGAUUACGUAAAUUAUUGACAAUAAAACGGAAGAAAAAGAGACGAUAAAAAUGAGGAAUUCGACUGAUUUAAGCGAAAGUAAUAAUAUAAAUGGCCAACAAGUGGAACAAGAACGGAUGCCACAGCCAGAAAUAGAACUAACAGAUAUUAGAGAUUGUCAGUUAAGAGAAAUAUCCGAAAAGUUAACAGAUUAUGAAAAUAUAUUGAAAGAAAUGAAAAAGAAACGAUGGGAAGAAGAUCAAUGGGAAUAUUAUCUUCAAUCUGGAGGAAAAACAAAUCCUCUUAUUCCGCAAGAAGUGAAUGAUUAUAUAUCUAUUUGGAGAGAUUUGACAGAAAAUGAAAGCACCAAAGAUAUUAUGCGAGAAUGUCAUAGUUGUUUACAGUUAAUUAAUAAAUUAGAAACAGAUCUAGAAGAUGCUCCCGAAAAAAAUUCUAAUUGGAUAAUAUCACACAAGAAUCUUCAAGAUUUAUUACACAAGAAAUUGGAUAAAGCAACUUAUAUAUUUCUUCAAGUAAGUUUCUUUAAUUCAAUUUGAUUUUAACGUAUUUAAACAAAAAUGUUAUAAUACUAUAGUUGUAAACUUCUUGCUUCUAGAGAAUUAAAUAAUUAUCUCAAACUACCAUUUGGUGGAGAUGUAUGAGGCUUAUCGAACUGUAAGUUUCGUAUACGAGAUCACAUCGAGAUCACAUUUAUAAAAUUAAUUUUAUAUGCAUUUCGGUCUUCAGACUAUUAAAUAAAUACAAAUACCUAUAACAGUUGCAAAAGCUUAUAUUUAACAUUUAGCUUUAAUUUAAUUAAUACAUAAAAAUUAAAAUACAAAACAAAUACAAAAAUAAAUUCCGUGUAAUGUUUAGUAACUAAGUUAAAUAUUGUAGGUUUGUUUUUUCUUCUUCUCAAUCUUAAUCUUUGACUAUAUGUUUCGUAUCUGGUCCCCAGGCUUGUCUUUCACAUAGCUCUUCUCAGAAAAAGAUUGGAGACUCACUGUGC